AUGGUCUUUGUCGUCGUCAAGGAACAGCCCUCGAAAAAGUCCAAGCUCAACAACCUCUUCCGCCUUGGAAAGUCGUCAAAGAGCAACAGCCACGACAACGCGCCACCAGCAUCGGCGCGCCAGGUCAACACGUCGUCUGCCAGGUCCAUCAGCCAUCCGGGCCUCGACAGUCCGCCCGCCACGCUGCCACGAGGCGCUCGCAAGACCUGGCAGGAUGCCCGCAGAGUCCAGUCCGAGAGCCGCGAGCGACCCGGCUUCGCGUUCCCCGCCGAGCACGACGUCGACCUCACCUCUGAAUUCUCUGACGACAGCGGACCGGAUUUCGUGACCGGCAGCCCUCGGCAGCAGCAGCAACAGCAGCAGCAGCAGCAGCACGAGCGCUCCAGCUCGCUGCCCAUCGAUCAGCUUCUGAAUAGCACGUCGACCCGCACCAUCUCGCCCCACGUCCUCAGCCGCAUCGAGACCAGCGAUGGCGUCCUCGGCAGGCACGCGCGGCAGCGCUCCCACUUCAGCAUCCCCGACGUUGUCAUCACCGCCUGCGAAGAGGACGGCGAGGAGGUCCACGUCGAGAUCGAGAUCCCGCCGGAAAAGCGCCGCAGCUACGUCUUCGCCGAGCCCCCCGCGGCCAGCCAGCAGCCGGACAGAUCGGCCAAAAAGGCCAGCGCCAAGGCGCAGAGGAAAAAGCCGACGCCGCUCAUCGACCUCGGUCAGGAGAUGGCGCAGGGCCUCGCCACUUCCUCCUCGGCAGGCAGCGUUGAGGGCAUGGCGGCAGCGCACCAGGGCUCGCCACCACGAGCCGUGGCCUCGACCACAUCGUCGGCCAGCUCGACGAUGUCCAAGGGCAUCGCGAGUCCGCCUAGCAAGCGGACGCGCAAAUCGUCGUUCCCCUUGCUUUUUGGGCGGAAGAGCCUCGACUCAUCGCGAGCAGCGGCGGCGGCGGCGCCCUCGCAGCCUGGCCCGAUGCCCAUGACGCCGUGCUCGCCGACGGCGACGUACGGCGAGCAGCACGUCGUGUACUCGACCCACUACGAAUCCUCGACGUCGCUGCCGUCGUCGUCGCGAGAGUCGCUGCCGGGAGGACCGCCGAACCGCGGGCAGCUCUUCAACCCGAGCACGGCACUGCCCUCGCCGCCCGAGACGCCGGUGCUGGCGACGCGACCCCUCUCGAAAAAGGAGCUCAAGGCGCGCGAAAAGGAGGAGAUGGCGCUCAUCCGCGAACUGGAAAAGAUCGACAAGAUGGUGCGCGAGCACGACAACAAGGCGCGCAAGGCUGCCGAGCGCGCCCACGCCAAGGAGCAGAAACGAGCCGCUGCCGCCGACAAGCAGCAGCAGCAGCCGCAGGCGGCGACAAAGCGCGCCUCGAACGCCUUCAAGCGCAUCACCAUCUUUUCGGCGGCGAGCAAGGCAGGCCCUGCGGUCAGCGUGGGCCGGCGAGGCAGCGUGAUGCGAAAGCGCGAGACGCUCGUCUCGGAGGAUGGCAGGGCCAAGGCGCCGGUGUCAGCAGGCUCUGUGACAUCGCCCAAGGAAGGCCGCUUCCAGUUUCCCAUGCCGCCCUCGACGCCGCCAACGCCGAGGCGCGGCACGCCAGAUUCCCCCGGCAAGGGCGCGAGGCCGCCUCCGGUCGUGGUCGUGACAGAUGCCGAGGACGAGUCUGUUCGCGGACCGGCGUCGCCCGCCGCUCGGAGCGACGGGCAGAAGGAUAGCGAGGAGCUCGACCAGAGCACAUGGCGCUCUCAGGACUGGGCAGACCUCGACCCACGGCGGUCCAGCACGUUUACAAGCCUCAUCAAACGCAACGAGCCGUCGAGCGGAUCGACGCGGCCCGCCGCACCACCGAGCUCAUACCGGUUCGCAGCGGCAAUCGAUGAGGACGAGGAGGACGCCGCCGGCGACGGAGAGGAGCGGUCCGGCUUCUCGCCCAAGCUCUCGAAGCGCGGCAGCGUCCAGAGGGCGCUCGCCAUGGCCGACGCCGAAGAGACGAUGCUGCGGAAGCGGUCCUCGAUCCGACGGCGGGGGGACCGUUCGCCGCAGCCACAGUCGCCGCCGCUACAAGGGCCGCAAUCGCCGCAACUGCAGCAGCAACACCAGCCGCAGCAACAGAAGCGUAGCUCGCGGCGGCUCAACAGCUCGGGCGGCCUCAGCAGCAAGCGUUCGUCGGUGGCAUCCGACACGCGGCGCCGCAGCCUGAUCCGUCAGCUGGACGCGUUCGAAGGAUGGGAGGUCGCCGACCAGCCAGAGCUCGAGCGCCAGACCAGCCUGGAUAUGGCCAACUGGGUCGACAGCCUCGAUGGCCCCAGCCAAGAGCAGGGCGACGGUGACGACGGAGUCGACUUCCCCCUCCCUUCGACGGCGUCGGCCAUGAUGCAGGAGAUGCUCCACGUCGACCGCGUGCUCAAGGACCUGCAGGCGGCUCAGGCGGCCCAGGCGGCCGAUGGCUCCAGCAGCGCUGCCGGUUCAACGAGCAGUGGCGGCAGCAGCGAGGCCAAGCUGGCUGCGACGCCCCGCAGCAGUGCCCGGGAACUCGACGGAAGCCUCGACGACGGCCAGAGCACGCCGCGCGCCAGCGUCGCGGGCAUCUCGCGGCCCAACAUCCCGACCAUUUCUUUCACGCCGGCCUCGGUCGACUCCGGGCUAGACCAGAUCGGCGCGCUGGGCUCUCCGAUCCCGACCGACCGGGCAUCAGGCAUGCCCUCGCGCGACAGGAGCGCGCGCUUCUCGCGGCCCACCAAGUCCGACAAGCGGCGCGACUCGAACCCGGCCUCGCCGACGUCUCCUCGCUCGCCCGUCCAUGCGCGCCCGGCCGACGCCGAAGUCCGCUGCGCCGGAUCGCCGCCGACGACGUCGUCCUCGUCGAGCUCGUGCGCAUCGACGUCAUCGACGGCGUCGUCGCCGACGACGAGCGCCACGACGACGUUUUCGUCGACGGCGUCGUCCCCGGUCUCGCCCAGCCGCAAGGCCGAGUUCCGCAUCUCGAUGGCGCCGUUCCAGCCCAUCGACCUGUUUGGCGUCGACGUCGACGGCAUCGUGGGGACCGCCGACGACAUCUGA